GGCUUGAAAGAUAAGGAUAAUGAAGAGCUUGAUAUUCAGCUGAAAGUGUUUGAUGAGAACAAAGAAGAAGACUUAAUUGAACUGUCACAUCGUCUCAAUGAUAUCAGAGCUGAAAUGGAUGAUGUGAAUGAAGUAUUUCAUCUACUGUAUAAUAUGUUGAAAGAUACUUCUUCCGAAAAUUACUUCUUGUCAAUCCUGCAGCACUUCCUUCUCAUCAGGAAUGAUUACUACGUCCGACCUCAGUAUUACAAGAUAAUAGAAGAAUGUGUAUCACAGAUAGUAUUGCACUGCAGUGGCACGGACCCAGAUUUUAAAUAUAGAGGAAGAAUGGACGUGGAUUUUACUCAUCUUGUUGAUGCGUGUGUGGACAAAGCUAAAGUAGAAGAAAGUGAAAAGAAAGCAGCAGAGUUUUCCAGAAAGUUUGAUGAAGAAUUCACAGCUCGACAAGAGGCACAAGCAGAGCUUCAGAAACGAGAAGAGAAAAUCAAAGAACUUGAAACAGAAAUCAAACAGCUACGAACCCAGGGUCCAGGCCUGACAGGUCAACUGACAGAAGCAGCACCAUUACCUCCCACCCUACCAAGUGAGAAUGCGCCACCGCCUCCACCGCCCCCGCUGCCCGGUGGCCUGGCACCUCCACCACCACCUCCCCUGCCUGGUGGAGCCAUACCUCCUCCUCCUCCGCCACCACCGCCGCUGCCUGGUGGAGCCAUACCUCCACCACCUCCUCUGCCUGGUGGAGCCAUACCUCCACCACCGCCGCUGCCUGGUGGAGCCAUACCCCCACCACCUCCACUCCCUGGUGGAGCCAUACCCCCACCACCUCCACUCCCUGGUGGGGCCAUACCCCCACCACCUCCACUCCCUGGUGGAGUUGCACCACCCCCGCCGCCUCCGCUGCCCGGUGGAGCGAUACCCCCGCCGCCUCCGCUGCCUGGUGGAGCAAUACCACCCCCACCUCCUCCGCUACCUGGUGGAGCAGGACCACCUCCACCACCUCCUCUACCUGGUGGAGCCAUACCUCCUCCACCACCACCUUUUGGUGGGCCUCCAAUGCCACCAGCUCUUGGGGGUGUUCCUUUUGCUCCGUUUCCGGCGAUGCCAGCGUUACCACAUGGGAUGAAGGAGAAGAAGAAGUAUAAGCUGGAAGUCACAAUGAAGAGAAUCAACUGGUCAAAGGUUGAGCCUCAAAAUAUAGCAGAAAACAGCUUUUGGGUAAAAGCUGAAGAAGAUAAAUUUGAAAAUCCAGAGCUGUUUGCAAAAUUAGCACUUACCUUUGGAACACAAAUGAAAGCCAAAAAGCCAGUAGAAGAAUCAGAGGAGAAGAAAACAGUUCAGUCAAAGAAAAAGAUUAAAGAAUUAAGAGUUUUGGAUGGAAAAAGCGCACAGAAUUUAUCAAUAUUUUUGGGUUCUUUCCGUUUGCCUUAUGAAGAAAUAAAAAAUAUCAUUUUAGAGGUUGAUGAAGAGAAGCUGAGUGAAUCCUUGAUUCAGAACCUAGUGAAGAAUCUUCCUGAGCAGAAAGAACUCAAUGCCUUAGCUGAAUUAAAGGAUGAGUAUAAUGAUCUUGCUGAGCCAGAACAGUUUGGAGUUGUGAUGAGUUCAGUGAAAAUGUUGAGGUCGCGUCUCAAUGGGAUCCUUUUCAAGCUUAUGUUUGAAGAGCACGUAAACAAUAUCAAACCUGACAUUAUGGCGGUUACCAUGGCGUGUGAAGAGCUGAAGAAGAGUGAAAGCUUUAGUAAGCUCUUAGAGUUAGUCCUGUUCCUUGGAAACUACAUGAACUCUGGCUCCAGAAACGCACAGUCUCUUGGUUUUAACAUCAGUUUUCUUUGCAAGAUUCGAGAUACUAAAUCAUCAGAUCAGAAAACAACCCUGCUGCAUUUUCUGGCAGAAAUCUGUGAGGAGAGUUACCGUGACAUCUUGAAAUUUCCAGAUGAACUGCAGCACGUUGAGAGUGCAAGUAAAGUUUCAGCCCAGACUCUGAAGAGCAACCUUGAUUCUAUGAACCAUCAGAUCCAGCGCCUAGAAAAAGAUAUUGAGAAUUUCCCUAAAACACAGGAUGAACACGAUAAGUUUGUAGAAAAGAUGAGCAGCUUUGCUGAGAGUGCCCGAGAGCAAUAUGAAAAAUUGUCCAACAUGCACAACAACAUGACUAAACUGUAUGAAAAUUUGGGAGAAUACUUUACCUUUGAUCCCAAAGCAAUAAGCAUAGAAGAAUUCUUUGGAGACCUGAGUAACUUCAGAACCCUAUUUCUGGAGGCAUUAAAAGAGAACAACAAAAGAAGAGAAAUGGAGGAGAAAACAAAGAGAGCCAAACUGGCAAAAGAGAAGGCUGAACGAGAGAAACUGGAGCGACAGAAGAAGAAGCAGCAGUUGAUUGACAUGAAUAAAGAGGGUGACGAGACAGGAGUGAUGGAUAGUCUGCUUGAGGCCUUGCAGUCAGGAGCAGCAUUCAGAGAUCGCAGGAAACGAGCACCAAGAGGACAAG